CCAGCAGGACGAGGAGAGAGGGCAGUCUCCACCUCGCGGUGGUCGUCUUGCACCUCGCCCCCAGCGAAGCAAGCCCCGCCCCGCCGCCCCGGCGCGCCCCGCCCAGGCCCGCAGAGCGGCUGCAGCGCGAGGGCGGAGAGGCAGAGCACAGAGCGCGGACCCGACGCCCAGGUCGCUCGCAUCUCUGUGCCGCAGCAGGCUGAAACUGUGCCCCGGCCUUCGUGUGGCCGCCCCGGCUUCCUCGGUCCCAGCGACCGAGCACCUGUCUUCUGCCCCGGCCUUCGCCGAGCGCCCUCUCCUCCAGAGCUCACCACCGCUGCAGCCCGAGAAGUGCCCCAGCGCUACGCCGGCGACCACCAUGGCGGAGACCAACAACGAAUGCAGCAUCAAGGUGCUCUGCCGCUUUCGGCCUCUGAACCAGGCCGAGAUUCUAAGGGGGGACAAGUUCAUUCCCAUUUUCCAAGGAGACGACAGCGUCGUUAUUGGGGGGAAGCCAUAUGUCUUUGACCGUGUGUUCCCCCCAAACACAACCCAGGAACAAGUUUAUCAUGCAUGUGCUAUGCAGAUUGUCAAAGAUGUCCUUGCUGGCUACAACGGCACCAUUUUUGCUUACGGACAGACAUCCUCAGGGAAAACACAUACCAUGGAGGGAAAGCUGCAUGACCCCCAGCUUAUGGGAAUCAUUCCUCGGAUUGCCAGGGACAUCUUCAACCACAUCUACUCCAUGGAUGAGAACCUUGAGUUCCAUAUCAAGGUUUCUUAUUUUGAGAUUUACCUGGAUAAGAUUCGUGACCUUCUGGAUGUGACCAAAACAAACCUGUCUGUGCAUGAGGACAAGAACCGGGUACCAUUCGUCAAGGGUUGUACUGAACGCUUUGUGUCCAGCCCCGAGGAGAUACUGGAUGUGAUUGAUGAGGGGAAAUCGAAUCGUCAUGUGGCCGUCACCAACAUGAAUGAACAUAGUUCUCGAAGCCACAGCAUCUUCCUCAUCAACAUCAAGCAGGAGAACAUGGAAACAGAGCAGAAGCUCAGUGGGAAGCUGUAUCUCGUGGACCUGGCAGGGAGUGAGAAGGUCAGCAAAACUGGAGCUGAGGGAGCUGUGCUGGAUGAAGCAAAGAAUAUCAACAAGUCACUGUCUGCCCUGGGAAAUGUGAUCUCUGCACUGGCUGAGGGCACCAAAAGCUAUGUUCCGUAUCGUGACAGCAAAAUGACACGGAUCCUCCAGGACUCUCUGGGAGGAAACUGCCGGACGACCAUGUUCAUCUGCUGUUCACCAUCUAGUUACAAUGAUGCCGAGACCAAGUCCACCCUGAUGUUUGGGCAGCGGGCAAAAACCAUUAAGAACACUGCCUCAGUGAAUCUGGAGUUGACUGCCGAGCAGUGGAAGAAGAAAUAUGAGAAGGAAAAGGAAAAGACCAAGGCCCAGAAGGAAACAAUCACAAAACUGGAGGCUGAGCUGAGCCGCUGGCGCAGUGGAGAGAAUGUGCCUGAGACUGAGCGCCUGGCUGGGGAAGAUGCAACCCUGGGAGCAGAGCUGUGUGAGGAGACUCCUGUGAAUGAUAACUCGUCCAUCGUGGUGCGCAUUGCACCUGAGGAGCGGCAGAAAUACGAGGAGGAGAUCCGCCGCCUCUACAAGCAGCUGGAUGACAAGGAUGAUGAGAUCAACCAGCAGAGCCAGCUCAUUGAGAAACUCAAGCAGCAGAUGCUGGACCAGGAGGAGCUGCUGGUGUCCACUCGAGGAGACAAUGAGAAGGUCCAGCAGGAGUUGAGCCACCUGCAGUCAGAGAAUGAUGCUGCGAAGGAUGAGGUGAAGGAAGUACUGCAGGCCCUAGAAGAGCUGGCAGUGAACUAUGACCAGAAGUCCCAGGAGGUGGAGGAAAAGAGCCAGCAAAACCAGCUUCUGGUGGAUGAGCUGUCCCAGAAGGUGGCCACCAUGCUGUCUCUGGAGUCUGAGUUGCAACGGCUUCAGGAGGUCAGUGGACACCAGCGAAAGCGAAUUGCAGAGGUGCUGAAUGGGCUGAUGAAAGACUUGAGUGAGUUCAGUGUCAUCGUGGGCAACGGCGAGAUUAAGCUGCAGGGAAGCAGCUUUUCCUUCUCUGCCCACCCUCAGCCAGUGGAGAUCAGUGGGGCCAUUGAGGAGGAGUUCACUGUGGCCAGACUCUACAUCAGCAAAAUUAAAUCAGAGGUCAAGUCAGUGGUCAAGAGGUGUCGGCAGCUGGAGAACCUGCAGGUGGAGUGUCACCGCAAGAUGGAAGUGACUGGGCGGGAGCUUUCAUCCUGCCAGCUCCUUAUCUCACAGCAUGAAGCCAAGAUCCGCUCACUUACGGAAUAUAUGCAGAGUGUGGAGCUGAAGAAGCGGCACCUGGAGGAGUCCUAUGAUUCCCUGAGUGAUGAACUGGCCAAGCUCCAGGCCCAGGAAACAGUGCAUGAAGUGGCUCUGAAGGACAAGGAGCCAGACACACAGGAUGCAGAUGACAUGAAGAAGGCCCUGGAGCUACAGAUGGAGAGUCAUCGGGAGGCCCAUCACCGGCAGCUGGCCCGGCUCCGGGAUGAGAUUAACGAGAAGCAGAAGACCAUUGAUGAGCUCAAAGACCUGAAUCAAAAGCUCCAAUUAGAGCUGGAGAAACUCCAAGCUGACUAUGAGAAGCUGAAGAAUGAAGAACAUGAGAAGAGCACUAAGCUUCAGGAGCUGACAUUUCUGUACGAGCGACAUGAGCAGUCCAAGCAGGACCUCAAGGGUCUGGAGGAGACAGUUGCUCGUGAACUCCAGACCCUCCACAAUCUUCGCAAGCUUUUCGUUCAAGACGUCACGACUCGAGUCAAGAAAAGUGCAGAAAUGGAGCCCGAAGACAGUGGGGGGAUUCACUCACAAAAGCAGAAGAUUUCCUUUCUUGAGAACAACCUGGAACAGCUUACAAAGGUUCACAAACAGCUGGUACGUGACAAUGCAGAUUUGCGUUGUGAGCUUCCUAAACUGGAAAAACGACUUAGGGCUACGGCUGAGAGAGUUAAGGCCCUGGAGGGUGCACUGAAGGAGGCCAAGGAGGGUGCCAUGAAGGAUAAGCGCCGGUACCAGCAGGAGGUGGACCGUAUCAAGGAGGCUGUACGGUACAAGAGCUCGGGCAAGAGAGGCCAUUCUGCCCAGAUUGCCAAACCUGUACGGCCUGGCCACUAUCCGGCAUCCUCCCCCACCAACCCGUAUGGCACCCGGAGCCCUGAGUGCAUCAGUUACACCAACAGCCUUUUCCAGAACUACCAGAAUUUGUACCUGCAGGCUGCACCUAGCUCCACGUCAGAUGUGUACUUUGCUAACUCCUGUACCAGCAGUGGAGCCCCAUCUUCUAGUGGUCCCUUGACUUCAUAUCAGAAGGCCAACAUGGACAAUGGAAAUGCCACAGAUAUCAACGACAAUAGGAGCGACCUGCCAUGUGGCUAUGAGGCUGAGGACCAGGCCAAGCUUUUCCCUCUCCACCAAGAGACAGCAGCCAGCUAAUCUCGCACAGGACGAUGGCUACGUACCUGCACUUUGAGUUUCUAAGAGGGACUGAGGCCUCUUCUCUCAGCAUGCUGCAAACCUGUGGUCUCUGAUACUAACUCCCUCUCCAACCCCUAUAUUUGGACUGUAUUGUUGAUUGUCUUCUCUUACUGACUCUGUAUCUCUUUGUACUCUGUAUCUAUAUAUCAGAAGCUGCUGCUAUGUCUCUCCUCUCUCCGUCCUGCUCUCUUAAAUAUUUAGUAAUGUAUUUAGCAAUUUCUAAGCAUAGUCUAUCCUCCUCAUUUGGGACAAUAGAGGGGAGGGGAAAUGUUUCUUCUCUCAUAUACUCGUCUCUCACACUGAGUGGUACUAGUCACUGAGCAGAGGUCACAGAGAUGAUAAAAGAAGAAAUAGGAACUAGAGGGCUGUGACCCUUCCUUCUCACACUCAUGUGCACAUGCACACACACACACACACACACACACACGUACAUACAAAGCCUUAAGCAAAAGAAUGUCUUAGCACCCUCAGAAGACAGAAAUACACUCUUCCUCUCUCCUCUUUGAUGAAUAACACAGGAGAGGGUGAAAUGGAAGGGAUUCUAAAUUAUAUAAAUCAUUUUCUUUAUACACCCCUCACCUGAAUCAAGAGAUUCCAGGUGUUUACCUCUGUCCUGCAAAGUCUGCCUUUUGCCUUCCGUCUCCAUUUUUUCCUGGACUGAGAAACAUGGAUGAUUUAAAGGACUUUCCCUUUCUCGUCCAACCCCGUUUUAACACUCUCUACCCCAGAACUCAGAGUUGAUUAAAAAUAUUUUGAAGAAACAAGACAGACUCCUCCUAAUAGUCAGCCAAAUGGCUGCUCAUCUGUCAGAGGUAAUAGUGUCAUCAGAAUGCUUACUCCUUGAGUCUGGAGAGUGAACUAGUUGAGAAGUUGCUAAGUGUUUUUUUGUUGUUGUUGUUUAAUUUUGUUUUUCUUUUUUGUCACAGUAGCCUCAGGUUGAAGCAAUGAGCUGGAUUUCUUUCUCCCAUAUUGGGUCUCAUAUUCUUUUCUCUGCCUUUUGGUUUGGGGCUUCCAGUUCAUUGGCAAAAUAGCUCUCUCUAGAUGCUUUUCUUUCAAGCUGGCAUCUGGCUUCUCCCCAGAAUAAAUUUUCCCCCCACAAAGAGUUUCAUGUAUAAUGUUCCCAUCUGGUAUUAAGUGCACUUUAAGGAAAGAGCCAGGGCAGAUUUUCCAGGGGUGGCGGAGCCUGAGGGCUUGACCCCAGCCAUUCUCAGUCCUAUGCCCCUCUCUCACAAUUGAGAGGACUGUUGCUUUAGUUCCAGAUGGCCUUUUCCUUCCACUUGGUGCUAAGGUGGUUUUCCAGGUAAAUGCACUGAUGAGGUCACUAGCCAGUAGAAACCAAGAAGCCCAAUGUCCAGAUACCAGUUUUACUUGGUAUGAAAGACCUGGAUCUUGCUGGGUAUGGUGGCGCAUGCCAGCACUUGCGAGGCUGAGACUGGAGGAUCACACAAGUUCAAGGCCAGCUUAGGCUAAUAGUGAGUUCAAGGCCAGCGUGGACUACAUAUCAGGACCCUGCCAAAAGAAAAAAAAGGUAGGGGGAGGAAAGGAAAGGGAAAAAAAGAUAUGGAUCCUCCAACAGCAGGAUAGUCUACCACUCGACUUCUUUUAAGUUAGGAAAGAAAGCUAAGUCUGAGUGCAGAUGUUAAGUGCUGGCCAUCAUAACCUUUCCUCCCAAGGAAAGAGCCUUGCUUCCUUCACUUGUUGAGCUCCUGUUAGCAGUAAGGAGGAAUACCAGGGGGAAAAUAGUGGAAUAAAUCCAAAGUGGUAAUUCUCAAAUACUUCUCAAAUAUUAUGUAGAGCCCUGAUAUAAAAAAAUAACAAGACAGACUGGGGUAGUUGACAUUUUCUUUUUCUGGUAAGAAAUGCUUCAUUAGUUAAAGAUCCCUUGAAGAGUCUAAAUAGACCUUGGGGCUCUAUGAAAUAGGCUGAAAAGUAUUGCUCUGAGAAAGGAAGUCCAAUGUGGCUCCCCUGUACCUGCAAUUCACAGGAUAGAUGAUUGAGGUGACACUGUGCUGUCUCAGACCCUCUUGGAGAAUAAGGAAGACACCAGUGCACUUGUAAAUUUUGUAUUUGCCAACAGGACAUCUAAGAAUCCAGGGGACUUAUGUAAUCUUUUUUUUUUUUUUUUUUGAGCCAAGGUCUUGCUAUGAGAUUCAGGCUGGCCAUGAACUCACUCUGUAGCCCAGGCUGGCCUUGAACUCAUGGUGAUCCUCCUGCCUCAGGCUUCUAAGUGGUGGCAUUACAGGUAUACACCCCUCACCCAGUUCCAAAUGAUUCUUUAAAAUCGUGAGUAAGAAAAUGUGAACACAUAAUAGGGCAGAUGAAGAGAGAGGUGACACAGAAGGAGAGGCCUACUGUUCAGCAAGAUGAAAGGGAAAUGUAACUCACUUGCAGAAAUAAGAAACAAUACACUCACCACCCUUCACCAGAAGCUUCACACUACAUUCUCCUCUUCCUGUUCCUAUAUCACAUCCCUUAUAGUAAGAGCCAGGGCCACCAUAAGCGAUACCUGGCUUGCCCACUCUCAUCUGCCAAAAUGUUGCAUGCCAGUGUGGAAGACCAACCAAACUGCACAAACCCCAGUGUGUAUUUAUUUGGUGUACAUAGAUAUCUUUAAAAUAAAAUAAAUUCAAUGAUAACCUUUA